AAUCUUUGACCUUUGGAAUUGUGACUCCACCAAACAGACACACUCAGAUCUCCUGCUGCUUUCAUGAAGAGGAACCUUAACAUGCAGGAAACUUUACAGAGUCAGUGGAGGAGAUCAAACUGUUCAGAUCAAUCAUGGAUAAAACACAAACAUCUGGAGAUGAAGAUUUGUUUCCAGGAUACAGUUCAGUUCAGCAGAGGAGAUCAGAGGCAGAGCCCAGCCAUGUGUCUAUGAAGAGUGACGCAUCUAUGAUUCAGCCAGUAAAGUUUAAGAGUGGAGAUACAAGACCUGGACUCAGUUUAGUUCAUCAGAAGAGAUCAGAAGCAGAGCCCAGCCAUGUGUCUAUGAAGAGUGACGCGUCUAUGAUUCAGCCAGUAAAGUUUAAGAGUGGAGAUACACGGCCUGCUCUCAGCUCUAUUCAAUGGAAGAGAUCAGAUCCAGAGUCCAGCCAUGUGUCUAUGAAGAGCGACGCGUCUAUGAUUCAGCCAGUAAAGUUUAAGAGUGGAGAUACACGGCCUGGUCUCAGCUCAGUGCAGCAAAAGAGAUCAGAACCAGAGUCCAGCAGUGUGUCUAUGAAAAGACACAUAUCUAUUGAUCAAUCAAAAAGUUUGAGUGGAGAUGCACGGCCUGGUCUCAGCAGUGAAGUUCUCAACACAUUUAAAUUAUAUUUGAUGAAGAAGUUUGAGUGUCUAUAUGAGGGAACAGUGAUGCAGAGAAACCCAUCACUGCUGAAUGAGAUCUACACAGAGCUCUACAUCACAGAGAGUGAGAGAGGAGAGAUCAGUAAUGAGCACGAGGUGAGACAGAUUGAGACACAAUCCUGGAGAGCAGCAGCAGAGGACAUAGCCAUCAAAUGCAAUGACAUCUUUAGACCAUUACCUGGACAAGACAAACCCAUCAAAACUGUGCUGACAAAGGGAGUCGCUGGCAUUGGAAAAACGGUCUCUGUGCAGAAGUUCAUCCUGGACUGGGCUGAAGGGAAAGAGAAUCAGGACGUCCAGCUCAUAUUUCCACUUCCUUUCAGAGAGCUCAAUUUGAUGAAGGACAAAAAACUCAGUCUUUCAGGUCUUCUUAAUUACUUUUUUUCCAAAAUAAAGGAACUGGAAAUAUCUGUUGAGGAAUAUAAAGUUUUGUUCAUCUUUGAUGGUCUGGACGAGUGUCGUCUGUCUCUGGACUUUAAGAGCAAAAUGAAACUGUGUAAUAUAUCUGAAUCAGCCCCAGUGGAUGUGCUGCUGACGAACCUGAUUGUGGGGAAUCUGCUUCCCUCCGCUCUCAUCUGGAUCACCUCCAGACCAGCAGCAGCUGAUCUCAUUCCCUCUGAGUGUGUGCAUCGAGUGACGGAGGUACGAGGCUUCAAUGAUCCACAGAAGGAGGAAUACUUCAGGAAGAGAAUCAGUGAUCAGAGUGUGGCCGACAGGAUCAUCUCACAUCUGAAGUCAUCCAGGACCCUCUUCAACAUGUGCCACAUCCCAGUCUUCUGCUGGAUCUCAGCCACUGUUCUAGAGAAGAUGCUGAGUCACGCAGAGAGUGGAGAGAUUCCCAAGACUCUCACUCAAAUGUACACACACUUCCUGAUCCUUCAGACCAACAUCAAACAUCAGAAGGACUAUGAGAAGAAGGUGACAGAUGAAGACAUGAUCCUCAAACUGGGGAAACUGGCUUUCCAGCAGCUUGUGAAAGGCAACCUGAUCUUCUAUGAGGAAGACCUGAGAGAGUGUGGCAUUGAUGUGAAAGAAGCAUCAGUGUACUCAGGAUUGUGCACUCAGAUCUUCAGAGAGGAUUUGGGCUUGUAUCAGGGGAAAGUCUUCAGCUUUGUUCAUCUGAGCCUUCAGGAACAUCUAGCAGCUCUAUAUGUGCACUUCUCCUUUACGAUCAAGAACAUCAGUGUGUUUGACCAUACCAAACAUAAUCUGUUGUCUAAGAUUUUUAAGCAGAAGAAAUAUAAUUCAUUAUCUGAGCUGCAUCAGAGAGCUGUAAAUGAGGCUUUACAGAGUAAGAAUGGGCAUCUGGAUCUUUUUGUGCGUUUUCUUCUGGGUCUCUCAGUGGACUCCAAUCAGACUCUGUUACGAAAACUACUGACACAGACAGGAAGCUUCUCCUACAACAAAGAGGAAACAGUUCAGUUCAUCAAGCAGAAGAUCAGAGAAAAUCGCUGUCCAGAGAAAUCCAUCAAUCUGUUCCACUGUCUGAAUGAACUGGGUGAUGAUUCACUGAUGCAGGAGAUCCAAGAUUAUCUGAAAUCUGGAGAAAUAAGAGAAACCAAACUCUCCUCUUCACAGUGGUCAGCUCUGGUUUUUGUUUUGCUGACAUCAGAGCAGAAGAUGGAUGUGUUUGAUCUAAAACUGUUUGUUGGAAAACAACAUACAGCAGACGAAGUUCUCCAGAAUCUGUUACCUGUGGUUAAAGAAUCCAGAUCAGUUUGGCUAUGUGGAUGUGGUCUGACUGCUCAGUCUUGUGAAAGUUUGUCUUCAGCUCUACAAUCCUCAAACUCUGUCCUGAGAGAGCUAGACCUGAGUAACAAUGACCUAAAGGACACAGGAGUAAAGCUUCUUUCUGAUGGACUUAUGAGUACAAACUGUCAGCUGGAGAUUCUGAGGUUGUCUGGCUGUAUGGUGACAGAGAAAGGCUGUCGUUAUGUGUCUUUAGCACUGAGUUCAAACCCCUCACACCUGAGAGAGCUGGAUUUGAGCUACAAUCACCCAGGAGAUUCAGGAGUCAAGCUGCUUUCUGAAAAACUGGAGGAUUCAAAAUGCUCACUGAACAAACUAAAUGUGGAUCAUGGAGAAGAGUGCAGGAUUACAGCAGGACUAAAGAAAUGGGUUUGUUUUUUCACAUUGGAUCCAAACACAGCAAACAAAUGUCUCAUUCUGUCUGAGCAGAACAGAAAAGUGGCAAAUGUGGAACAAUAUCAGCCGUAUCGUGAUCAUCCAGACAGAUUCGAUGAGAAUCUUCAGGUGUUGUGUAAAGAGAGUGUGUGUGGACGCUGUUACUGGGAAACUGAGUGGAGUGGAAGUGAUGGUGUGUAUAUAUCAGUGUCAUAUAAGAGCAUCAGCAGGAAGGGAUGGGGUAAAGAGUGUUGGUUUGGAUAUAAUGAUCAGUCCUGGAGUUUGUUCUGCUCUCCUGACAGAUACUCAUUCUAUCACAAUGACAUAGAGACUUGUCUCCCUGUGAAGCCCAUCAGCAGUAGAAUAGGGGUGUUUGUGGAUCACAGUGCAGGAACUCUGUCCUUCUACAGUGUCUCUGACACAAUGAGCCUCAUCCACACAGAACAGACCACAUUCACUCAGCCUCUCUGUCCUGGGUUUACUGUUAAUUUGAAAUCAUCAGUGAAACUGUGUUGAUGAAUCAGAAUACACUGAUAAGAGAUUCUAUCCAUUAUGCUUUGAAUUGCAUGAUAAAACAUUAACAAUAAGAUGUUAUAGCCUCUUCUCUUAAUGUUAUUAAUACUGCAGCUGAACUUCUGUUUUGUGAAAUAAUGUCAGAAUAAAUGUCAUAAUUCCUCAUAAAGACAGUAA